AUGUCACAAAAACACCUGAAAGAAGCCUUUAUCAGCAACUUAAAUGGAACCAGCCUGCUGGAAAUCUCGGUGGGCUUGUCCCUGCCCCCCCUCUGCCUGCUUUGCAGGGGGCUCCUCCUGGUUCUGUAUUACCUGCACUAUGGGAAGCCUUUAAGUUCAAGGAAAUACAGCUUGCUGCUAGACUUCCUUGUGCUAGUGUCUCCUCUCCUGUUCUCCUGUACAGUCUUGUCUCCAGUCCUGUUUUUCCUGCCAGCUAUCCUCGCAGCCUCCUGUGCUGGGAUAUUCUCCAAAAUAUACAGCCAAAGAAAACAUAAGACCAAAGUGCCUUUUAGGCAAAUUGUAAGAGACUUCCAGAAGACAUCCUUGGAUCCAGAAUACAUCCCAGCAAUCACCGUGUUUCGUGUUUAUGUCAACGUGUUGACAUCAAUCAGCAUUUUAGCAGUGGAUUUCCCGCAGUACCCGAGGCGUUACGCCAAAGCCGAGACCUAUGGAACAGGAGUCAUGGAUCUGGGGGUUGGAGCUUUUAUUUUUGGAAACGCUCUCGUCUGUCCUGAGGUGAGACAGAAGUCUGAUGUGGCACAACCAAAAUUUUCCAAUCUGGCCAGGCAGUUCUUUUCUGUCUGGCCGUUGAUUCUCCUUGGUGUGGGACGACUGCUUAGCGUUAAAUCUAUAGACUAUCAAGAGCACACUUCAGAGUAUGGAGUGCACUGGAAUUUUUUCUUCACCUUAGCAUUUGUGAGGCUUGCAGCAUCUCUACUUUUAGCCAUCUUUCCAAAAAACAAAUCAUGGAUUGUUGCUAUAAACCUUGCUGUUCUUUAUGAGCUUACUCUGAACUCUACCUCGCUCAAGACGUUUAUCCUGCACGGGAGCGAUGGCAGAGGCACCCGCGUUGGCUUUUUGAACGCCAAUAGGGAAGGACUGCUCUCUCUUUUUGGAUAUCUGGCCAUAUACAUGGCGAGUGUCCAAGUGGGGCUGUGGCUGCUGAGUUGCCAGAGCUCAGUCAGGGGCUGGAUGGCCACGGGGCGUUCCUCACUGCAGACCCUGCUCCUGCUCUUCGCGUUUCUCCGGCUGUCGCAGGCGUACGCGGGGCCCGUGUCCCGCCGCAUGGCCAACCUCUCCUUCUGCCUCUGGGUGCUGGCUCACUCUCUGACUUUCUUCAUCUGUUUUGUGGCCACCGACCUGAUGCUGGUGUUCACAAAGCUGCUUGUGAAGGGGUCCAGCGUGCCCUGCUGCUGGGACGUUGUAGAGCCCCCUACUGCCAGUGGGAAGCAGGAGAGGGAGCCGGUGCCCGCAGGGAGGGCAGGCAGCCCGGAACACAUUUGCCUGAUUAGUGCUAUUAAUAAAAACCAGUUACUGUUUUUCUUGCUAGCAAAUGUUAUGACUGGUGCUGUGAACCUACUGAUAGACACAAUCCACAGCGAGGCUGCAUUUACAUUAGGCAUACUACACUUGUAUAUGUUUUUAAACUGUUUAAUUAUGUAUAUAUUGCAUGCAAAAAAUAUAGUAUUAAAGUUCUGGUGA